AUGGCACCGCCGCCCAACCCCAACCUUCCUCUCCAGGAGCGCCUGAUGGCUCUGGCUAAGACCCUCCAAUUCGGUUGGUUUGUAGGACAUCUCACUCUGAUCCUCGCAACAAUCCGAUAUGGCUUCUCCUGGUUGCGAAUGAACUAUUACACUCGUAUGGCUCAGUUCUCUUACCGCACUGCCUUUGUCGCCGCGGCUGUCACCUACGGUAUCGUCGUCUAUAAGACUAUGCGCGCUCGUGCCAAGACUGGUCAGCGUGCCGCUCCCACUCCCAUGGCUCUCCUUGCCGAUGAGAACAUUCAGUACCUUGCCAUGGCCCUUGUUUGGCUCUUGUGCCCUCAGUACCCCCUCGCAUUGAUCCCUUACACGAUCUACUCAGUCUUCCACGUUGCUACAUACACUCGCGCCAACCUGAUCCCCGCUUUCGCUGCUCCUAAGCCUGCUGCUGCGCCUGAGGCCGAUGGUGCUUCUCCUGCCCGCCGAGCCGACAGCCCUCUCGCCAACCAGAUUGGUGCUUUCGUGAAGGAAUACUAUGACGCUUCCAUGGCUAUCGUCUCUUCGCUCGAGAUUGCUCUCUGGGGUCGCAUCUUCCUUUCCGCCAUUCUCUUCCAGCGUCGAUCUUGGAUCCUCAUCGUCCUCUACACUGCUUUCCUCCGCGCCCGCUACAGCCAGAGCACCCACAUUCAGCACUCUUUCUCUCAGCUGAGCGCUCGUGUCGACUCUUUCGUCAGUGCUCAGGGAACUCCUCCCGUUGCUCGCCAGGUCUGGCAGACUGUCAAGGACGGCGCUAAGCAGUUCCACGAUGCCACCGCCAUUGUCGGUAGCGGACCCGCCAAGAAGACCUCAUAG